GGAACAGAGGCGAUGGGUUUGCCAGCCCAGCAACACGAAAAAUGCUUCCCCAGCUUAUAGAUAAUUUGUGUUAUGUUGCUUUUGUUGGUGUAAUUUGCUUGCGUUCUUUGGUGGCUGGUUUGUGCAGAAUUCAAAUCUGUGAUGGGCGUUCAUUCAGUUGGGAAGAAUCUCUUCUACCUCUCUCACUCGAAGAAGAGGAAGCUCAAAGAAGACGGAUGAGAGUAGGAAACACUGCCCCUCAGAAGAAGAAGAAGAGCCUUUCAGAACUGACGAAGUCACCAUCAAGCUUCUUUCAGGGUCAUCUGCCGGCAAGAAGCACGAGGACGCUGCCCCUUCCCAUCCCAGACCGAGGAAUGUGCGACCUCCACUGGCUACAAUUUUGAGAACUUGAGAUACUGAUUUGUCUUCCAUCUCCUAUUGGGUUAUGGUUGGGAUCCCUAAUUUGGGUGAAGUUUUGCUAUUGUUUGGGUUAGGUACCAAAGUGAACUUCAAUGAUUUAGUAUGAGAGGGUGAAUUGGUCGAAUGGGGAUUAGGAUUGCUCACUUCAAUUUGUAUGCUUACUACUAUGAUGUUGGGUUUUAAUUGAGCUUCAGUGAUUAAGUAUGAAAAGCUCCAUGGUUAUGAAUUGUUCAAUUGGUUCUUUUUCCCUCUGCUGGCCAGGUUGGCAAGCCAUUGCCCAACGAUGCAAAAGCACAAAAACUGGGUUUUCAGACUUGGAUUGAAGCUAGAUAUAUGGGAACAAAUUGCUUAUUAUAUCUUUAAAAGA